AUGCUUGCAGAACUCUUGACAAUCGAGGGGUUUUGUCGUUUUGGCAGUAUCGUGUCGCCCGACGAAGAGAUAUCCAAGCUAGACUCGUCGGCCAAAAAUGCGAAUCAGGGCACCGCGUUCAAAUUAUUGAAAAUCAGCCAAUUACAAAACUCGUUCGGUCAAUUGGUCCCCACUCCCAGCGUCAACAUAUUCAGAUGUUUCCCGCAGAUCCAUUUGCAAAAGAAGAUUGUGGAAAACUCUGACAACGAAACCAUCACGCAUGAAGUCAGGGUCCUGGAAAAACAUCCGUUUAGUAGCCAAACGUUUAUACCGAUGGGUGGUUCAGCAAACGAGAUCGCCUAUUUGAUAGUGGUGGCUAAUUCCGACUUAAGCGGCGAACCUGACUUAACAACUCUGAAAGCGUUCAUCUGUAGGGGCAACCAGGCCGUUACUUAUGGUGCCGGCGUAUGGCAUGCUCCUAUGAUAGUGGUCGGUACCAGAUCUUUUAUGGACUUCACCGUGGUCAUCUAUGAGCUACUAGACGGCAAUCACCCAGAAAAGGACUGUGUGGAACGACUUUACAAGAAUCAAGAGGUAGUGAUUGAAAUGAGUACGAUUAACCCUGUGUAA